AUGCGCUACGCAACAUGGGCCACCCGCGGUGUCGUUGUCCUCUGCGGCAUGAUCUUCAUCCGCGACUACUACUUUGAUUUCCAGCAUGUCAAGGGCAGUUCCAUGGCUCCGAGUUUAAAUCCUCGGGCGCAUGAGGCCGGGGAAGAGGAUUCUGUGAUUAUGGUGGCGUGGCAUGCUGGGGUACGGGAAAGAGGACGGGGACGGGGUGGUGGUGAUGCGGGUAAUGGCAAGGCAGACGCUCACAGCGAUGGCAUCAAGAGGGGUGAUGUGGUGACAUUUUGGAAACCACAUCGGCCGACUGAGAUUAGUAUUAAGCGGGUUGUGGGGUUGCCGGGGGAUACGGUGUACCCUGUUCGCGGGUAUGCAGUGGACGACGGGGUGCAUGCUAGGAGGUUGGAGGGGUUGCCCGAUGGGCUGGUGGAUGAGGAUAGGGAUGCUGUGGGUGAGAGGGGGAAGGGAAAGGUGCUGGGUAAGGUGGUGGUGCCGUAUGGACACUUGUGGAUUGAGGGGGAUAAUUGGAGAAGCAGUCUUGACAGUAAUGAUUUUGGGCCGAUUAGUAAAGGGUUGGUGAUUGGGAAGGCCAGGUGGGUUUGGAGGGGGUGGUGGCCGUUUGGGGAGGUGCGGGAUGCGAGGGAGAUGAGUGAUAAGGGGAGGACGAAGAUGGUGGAGGGGAAGGCCGAGAUACCGGCUCGGUUUUUGGAUUGA